CCUUAGCCACUGGGAAUGUGGGGAUUCUGGCCGGACCAGGGCCCCACUAUAUAAAGCCCCGAUUCUGGCCGCGAUCACACUCAUUUCUAGUUGAACGCGCCUGCCGACCAGUGGGCAAAUUGAAUCGUUGGCAUCCCGAUCAGGACUCAUCGAUAUCCGCUUAACAAUCACCUUCCACCUGAGAUGGCCAACCACAUGUGGAGCAUCAUCGUGGUUCUGCUGGUGCUGGAGCAGCUGGUGGCCGAAUCCGUGGCGGCCAAUCUCGCCCAGCUGGUGAAGAAGCAGAGUCAGCAGAAGCAGGUCCAAUCCUCGCAGGCGGGACAGCAGCCAGGUCAACAACUGCCACAAGGACAGCAGAUCCAUGCCCAACAGUACGUCCAGGACAACCUGGCCGAGCAGCAGGAUCUCAAGUCUGAGGACGAGGAGGAUCACGAUCCCUACCAGCUGCUGCAAGAGUCGAAACAGGAGUCCCGUCUGCCCAACUCUGCCAACUAUCCCUGGAGUCCCUAUGCCGCACACCAGGGGAAUCCCUACGAGGCCAUGCCCAAGAUGCUGCCCUUCAUCGGAUAUGCCCAGCCAGUGCUCAUCCCCUUUCCCCUGUACUUGGCUCCGGAUAUGUUUUAUCCCGCAUUCUCCGGAGCCUCGGGCAAUGACCUUGAAGAUGUGGUGAUGUCCAGAGCCGCCGGCGGACGACGUCCUGGGGCCAAUCACCCUUCACCUGCUCGCAAUUCACCCAUUUACUAUGUGAGAUUACCGCCCACACCCUAUAUGUUUUUGCCCAACAUGCCGACAUCUCCAUUUGGCGGAGGAUUCUCACCGCUGCUCACCUACCAGCCGAUGCCCUCCUUCUCCGCCUACGGAUCUGUCUUCAAUCUGCCCGUGAACUUUUUGGCCAACGGAAAACCCACUGGAGUGUACCAGGUGAAUGGAUCCCCGGGAGAGGGACUGGCAGCCUUGACACCUGGCUUGGGUGGCGGUGGAUUUGGCAUGCGGCCUCCCACGCCCAGUAAUCCCUACAGACCCAUGACGGCACCUUCGAUGGGUGGUUACGGCGGCCCCCAGCAGAGCUUCGGCCUGGCCUCCAUGCCAGUUCCUCAGCAGGACUCCAAGCUUACGUCCCUGAAGCGCCCCUUCGUGUUCAACGGUCGUCCCGAGGACAUAUACAUCCUGCCCAACAACCUGAGUCCGCUCUACAACGAGCAGAGCUACUACUAAAAGCUCCUUUCGCAAAUGGCUGUGGCACCAACUAAAAGUAUUACGCAUUGCAUUUACUAGAUUCGUAUUUGGAUCUUAAUGAAGCCUAAAAAGUAAUUUAAUAAAAUAUAUAU